CGCGGCAGCGAAGUAUCAGGAGACAGCAGAACCGGGUGACCCACGGUAUUGUGCAGUAUUUAAUGAAAGCCAAUGUGGAAGAAGGUUGGUUCUUUGGGGAAAAGGGAGCAAUCAAAAAUUCAAGGCGAUCGUGCCUCUGCCGUAUCCACCAUGUCGUUCAUCGGUGUGCCUCUUUCCUGACAAUAAUUCCAUAAUUUUUCAGCAAUUGUAUUGGGAAAGCUUUGCUAACAGAAUGAUUCGGUGACUCCUCUUGGAAUUGCUCCAUCUGGGUUCCUUGUUCUUUGUUUCCAAGAAGGAGCUGGUGGAGUGGAGUGGACGGAUUGUUUUCUUUCAAGUAUAAAUUUGUAGAAAAGGUUUUCCUGACAGUACAGUAGGCGUCAAGGAGAGGUCCAAAGCUACUGGACACUUGAACAGAAAAAUAAUCAAGUUGGUAUUUUUUCCCCCAAGCGACGACUAAGAAGAGGCAGCUAUUGUUCUUCGACGGAAUCAGCCAAACGAGAGAAAAAGAAAGAAGUAAAAAGGGAAGACCCCAGAAAAUGAGGAGGGGGGGAUUCCGCGAUAACUGUUAGUCUGUUAGUAAGGAAGCUAAAAAUUCUGGAAUCUGGUCGAUUGGUAGCCGCUUUGACGUGGGAUUGAUGUAAUAUUGAGGUGGUAUGGAGAUGAGAAUGAAGAAGUACAACCAACUGAGUCCCGAGAGGGCUAAGGUGUGGACGGAGAAGUCGCCCAAGUACCAACAGACUCGGAAGGUACCUGUGAUUUAUUACCUAUGCAGAAAUAGGCAGCUCGAGCAUCCUCAUUUCAUGGAAGUCCCACUCUCGUCCCCUGAGGGACUGUAUUUGAGAGAUGUGAUUAACAGGCUUAACGUUCUCCGAGGAAGAGGCAUGGCUACCUUCUACUCUUGGUCUUGUAAGAGAAGCUACAAGAAUGGAUUUGUUUGGCAUGAUCUCUGCGAAGAUGACCUAAUUCUUCCGGCUCAUGGAAAUGAGUAUGUUCUCAAAGGCUCCGAGCUGUUUGAAGAGUCCACUUCUGGUAAAGACCCUUUCAGUUCCAUCGGCAAUGUGAAUAUUCAGCCAUUGAAACAAUUACCUGAACCAACAUCUUCUCAGAGUCAGGAUGAUUCUUCGUCUUCUUCAAGCCUGAAUGGAAAAGAAAUGAAAAAUUCUCAAGAUGAUGACCUCUCGCUGUCUGUCCUUCGACCUGGUUCGUCGGGCAUGUCUCCAGAUUCUGGAGGUGGAAAGAGUUCAUGGGGUGGCUGUCUUAGCUUGACAGAAUACAAAGUGUACAAAACUGAUGGCUUGUCCGAUGCAUCGACUCAGACUGAGGAAAAUAUUAGCAGACCGAAAACACGAGAAACUUGUACAAGGGGAGUUUCGACAGAUGAUGGGACCAUGGAACCAGAAUGUAGUCAGAUCCUUAACAACGGGGCUUCAAAUCAAAAACAGAACUAUGAUGCUCCUCAGGAUUCAGUUUCUCCACCGCCAUUGUCCUCUAGUGCUUCCUCUUCAGGUGGGAAGACUGAAACAUUAGAGUCUCUUAUCCGAGCUGAUGCUAGUAAAAUCAACAGUUUUAGAAUUCUUGAAGAAGAAGAAAUUCGGAUGCCAACGAAUGCAAGACUCAAGGCUACGAAUGUGUUAAUGCAACUUAUCUCGUGUGGAUCAAUAUCAGUAAAGGAUCAUAGUUUUGGACUCAUUCCAUCAUACAAACCACGGUUUUCUCACUCCAAAUUUCCCUCCCCAUUAUUCUCUACUACAGUGAUGUUGGGAGAACUCAACUGCCUGUCUGAGAAUCCUAGGAUGAUGGGCUUGAGGCUGGAAGACAAGGAAUAUUUCAGUGGUAGCUUGAUCGAAACUAAAAUGCUGCAAGGUGAUGGAUUGACAACUUUAAAACGAUCGUCUUCAUACAAUGCCGACAGGACAUACAAGCAAUUUAAUUCAACUGAAGACAAAGAUGAGUCAACCACGGGCCGCUCAAAGUGCAUUCCACGGGCUAUUAAAGCUUCACUAAGCAAGCAACCACGAAAUGAGCCAACGAAAUCUCCUACUUCUGAUAGACCAAGAACUUCUUCUGAUGGAGUUGAUAGUUCUCAGACCAUAAGCCCCAGUGCUUCCAACGAUAGCAGUAAAAGGAUUACAGAGCCUUGCUCUGAAAGGAAACCGUCUAAGCGGCUAGAUUCCUUCCGUGAAGAGGAAGAAGACGUGAUCAAGAUCGAAGAAAGGCUUGCUUCAGGAGCUCGGGUUAUAAUCUGGUCGAAAUCAACUUGCAAUAGCAUGGACGUUGGCAGUUCUUAAAAACCAAUGAAUGCCUCUUCUUUUGGCGAAGUUAAAAAGCUCGUUCCCGCCAGAGAAAGAUCCUACUUUUGAUCAGAUCUCCAUUCGAAUUCAAUUGGUGGUGAUAAUUUGUUGGUGGGUCCCUGAUGAUUCUGUAUAUCUCUCGAGUGUAAAAAGGAGCAAACCACCACUCUUCAGCCUGAGGGGGUGCGCAGUUUGGCGCUGGAUGCCAACUCAGCUAUCUUUUGGGUUGGUUUCUUUGCUUGUCAGGUCAGCUAAUAUUAAAUGACAUAAUUUUAACUUUGCUUUAAACUACAGUUACAAUCUCACUUCUUUUCAUGGUCCUUCUUUAACUUUAGAAUAGUUCCUGCAGACAUAGUCUGCAACAAAGGCUAGGGAGGAGUGUCGCCCCCUUCAAUAUUAUUUAUAUUUAUUUAGUUCUUUCUCUGUAAGGCUUCCCAGUUCCAAAAUCAUAAAUUUUGUUUAAAAAAGACCAAAUCAACUUGCUGCAGUACAAAUGACUGUAAAUGAUUGUCCCUUGUUUGAAGUGAAUUUUGAAUUAUGAUCCAGUCAUCCUCAUAAGCUUCUCGAGGAUAGAAAAGAAUUACUUGGGUU